CAUCCUUUCCCUCACUUUGAAGUUUCUCAGUUUCUCUUUCUUCUCUCUCAGCAUCACACACAGUGAUUACCUGCACAAACACACAGCACGAAACUUUGUUGAGGUCUUUGGGAGUUUUACCGAAGAAAAGGGGGCGAAUGUGCACGGAAGUGGAACAAUGGCGGCGUCAUCACCUUCUCUGCAGGCCAACCUCUAUGUCUCAUCUUCUAAGUUUUGCUUCGUGAGGUUAGAUAGGUUUAAGCGGAGUUCUUUCAGUUGCAAAAAGAAGGCUCAUUCUUCAUGGAUCAUAAAAUCAGUGCUUAACAACAAAGAAUCAAGUAUUAAUGGUGACGAGGCAAUAGAACCUGCAAGGAUUCUUCUCGAGAGGCUGUUUGCUCAGACACAAAAGCUCGAAGAGAAGAUUGGUAAAGAUUUGAAUCUAUCUCAGGAUAUCGAGUUGGAACUGAAUCUUGGAAGGCUGGAAUCAGAUCUUCAAACAGCCCUAGCUGUUUUAAGAAAAAAAGAAGAAGAAUUGGAAGCUGCAGAAGAUAAGAUAUUUUCAGAGUAUCGUGAUUUAAACCAAGCAAAGGAGGAAUUGGGUAAGCGAGAAGAAGAAAUAACAGCUGUUUUUUUGAGGCAGGAGAAACUCGAAGAGGAGCUAAAACAAGCUAAUCUUGAUUUGGCUUCCCAAGCAACUGAACUCAGAGAUUUGAAGCUUCAACUUGAAAAACGAGAUAAGGAGACAACUGCAGCCCAAUCGGCACUUUUAUUGAAAGAAAACCAAGUGAAUAUUAUGGUUAAUGAAUUGAGGAUAAAAACAGAGGAAGCUGCGAAUAGCCAAUCUGAACUUAGGUCCAAAUCCCGGAUUUUAGUUGAGACGAAAGAAAUUUUGGAUAAACAAACGCUGGAGAUUCAAGAACUGAGAAAAGCAGUUCAGGAGAAGGACGAAGAACUACAAAUUUCUAUGGCACUUCUUGAAUCUGAAGAAGAGAAACUAAAAGUUGUUGAGGCGAAUUUGGAGAAGCAGACGAUGGAUUGGCUUGUGGCGCAGGAAGAAAUGAAGAAGAUAGCAGCAGAAGCAUCUAAGCGUGCGGUUGAAGUUAACGAAUCUUUGGAGGAUUUUACUAGGGUGAGAAAGCUACUUGCUGAUGUGAGGUCAGAGUUAGUAUUAUCGCAGAAAUCUCUGAGUUUAUCUCGGCAAAAAAUGGAAGAUCAACAAGAGAUUCUCGAAAAGGAGCUUGUAGAACUUGCAGAACAUCAGAAGAGCUUGAGUUUGUACACGGGAACUCUCGGAGAUGCUGAAAUGGAAGUCGAAAGUGAAAGAGUUAAGCUCAGACUCGCAGAGGCUCGGAAACAAGAGCUCGAACGCGAUUUAUCCAUCGAAAAAGACCUAAUCAACGAGCUACAGAGGCACUUAAAUGACGAAAAACUUUCUCUGCAACAAGCAACUGAAGAAAUGUCUGUUCUUAGAGAUGAACUAGACCGAAGAAAGUCGGAAUAUGGGGAAAUGCAAAAUCUUCUCGAGUCCAAAGAAUCUCAACUCGUGGAAGCAAAACUAGAGAUCCAACAUUUAAAAUCCGAGCAGGAGUUUCUCGAGCUUAUGUUGGAGGAGAGAGAAUCAAAACUAUCCGAUGCACAAGUAAUGCUGGGUGAAGUGAAUGAAGAAAUCUUGAAUCUAAAAUCCCUUCUGAGCAUUAGAGACGAAAAACUUAUGGAAACAACAAAUUUACUGAAAGAGAAAGAGGAACUGGUUGAUACGAUGCAAAAUGACCUAAACGAGACAAAGAUGAAGUAUUCGGAAGCCACAAGUGUCGUAGAGCGAAUUCUCGAUCUUACAAACAAAGUCGUCAGUUCUAUCGAACAGGAAGGCUACAAAGAGAAGAAACCAACCGAAUCCAGUUCCAAGUGGGAGAAGAAACAGCUUGAAAACGAACUCGAAGUGAUGACGGAAACAUUGAGGUCAAGAGAAAUGGAAGUUCUGCAGUCUCAAAGAGCUUUAACGAUCAAAGACAACGAGCUUAAAAUGGUUUUGGAAAAACUAGAGGAGCGAGAGAAGGAGAUGAAGGAAAUGAAACGAGAAUUGACUCAAGAUGCUGACGAUUUGAGGAAGCUUUACGCAAUGGCGCAGGAGAGAAUUGGUGAGAAAAGCAUGGGCGAAUUGGCGAUUGAAAAGCUGCAGUUGGAAGCUGCUCAACUCCAAGUUGAAGCUGCGACGAGUGCUCUUGAGAAAAUCACGGAGAUGAGUAGAGACCUUUUGCGUUCGACUAGUUUAGUUAUAAAGGCUGAUUACGAUCUUGAUAUUUCUGAACUAAACAUGCCUGAAAAGGAGGUUCGUGCUUUUGAAGAUGAUCAGUGUUUCUCUGAACUGAGAACCGAAGUUGUGAGGCUUUCGGAUUUAACCGAAAAGCUCAUCCAAGAGGCUGGGAUUUCUAGCGGGUGAGUUUUAGUUGUGUUGUAGAUAAGUAACGACCAACGAAAUGCUUACUGCUUGUAUUGUCCAUGUGCUUUAGAUGGUUAAAAAAUUACGGUUAGAUACUUG